AUGGCUCUGACGAAUUCUGUGUGCCUACAUGUGAGCCACAGCAUUUCCAAUGUGCCAACGGCCAGUGUGUGCCAGGGAGUGACCGCUGUAAUGGCCGUGCAGACUGCAGUGACCGCUCGGACGAGAGGGAGUGUCCGACUCUGGCCUGCACUCAGGAUGAGUUCCGCUGCAGGAAUGGACGGUGCAUCCUCAAGCAACAAGUGUGUGAUGGCAAACUGGACUGUGGCCUAUCUGACCACACAGACGAGACAGAGAUGUGAUGGCCAUGAUGAUUGUGGAGAUUUCAGUGAUGAGCAGAACUGUGUGUGUGGGCCUGGAGAGUUCCAGUGUCCUGAUGACCUCUGCUUAAGGAGUGACCUGGUCUGUGAUGGAACAUCAGACUGUGACCCAGGAGUGGAUGAACUUAUCUGUGAAACUGAAUUGAUCUGUGGCCCAGGACAGUUCCCCUGUAGAAACGGAUCGUGCAUUCCCAGGCGGGACAUGUGUAAUGGAGAGAGUAACUGUGAACAGGGUGAAGAUGAGACUCCAGACAGAUGUCCAGGUUCCACUGUGGAAGCUGCUUCUAUCACCAGCCCAAGCCCACUGUCUGCUCAAAGCAUCUCUUCAGCACCAGCUGCUUUGCGGUGCCGCCAUUCUGAGUUCCGGUGUGACAGCGGUGAGUGUAGACCACGAGGCUGGCUGUGUGAUAAUGAACUUGAUUGCCCAGAUGGUAGCGAUGAGAAGAAUUGUAACAGGACAUGUCUAACUGGAGAGUUCCAAUGUGGGGACAGCUCCCAGUGUAUCCCACUCUGGCAGUUAUGUGAUGGGAAUCCUCACUGUCAGGACCACUCUGAUGAGACUGUUGACCACUGUGGCUCUACCAGGAUCCCCCCCUGUCCUGGGAGCUUCCUCUGUAACAGUCAAGUCUGUAUUAACAGCACACGGGUGUGUAAUGGAGUCAUGGACUGCGAACAGGGUGAAGAUGAACUGAACUGUGAACGGGACAUCCCAACAGCACCAGCCCCACAGAGAAAUGGGACAAAGAUCAGCUGCAGUGAAUAUUCCUGCUCCAAUGGGAGGUGUAUUACCUUCAUACAGGUUUGUGAUGGAAUCGAUGACUGCAGAGACAGCUCGGAGAAAUCAGAUGGGAUUCCCUCGGAUGAGUUGAAUUGUGGGACGUGGUCUCCAUGGGGAUUGUGGAAUGAAUGCAGCCAAAGUUGUGCAGCUGGAGUGCAGACUCGAGAGCGAGUGUGUGAGACACCAUCUACAGACCUACUGCAGGAGUGCAGAGGGCACAGGGCACAGACUCAACAGUGCUUCAACCAGGCCUGCCCAGGUGAACCCAGACCCCAGUCCAACUGGGAUGGCGUUGUUGAUGGGCAGUGGACAGACUGGACGUCCUGGUCAAACUGUAGCCACCAGUGUGAGGGCGUUGUGAUUCGCCACCGUGAGUGUAUUGGUCCAACAAAUGGAGGGAAACAGUGCCAGGAGCUGCCAGGCUCAGGCAGUCACGUGGACAUCAGGAAGACUUGCAGCAAUGGGAUGAUUUACUCGGACUGUGUCUCCACUUGUCCUGCUACCUGUGAGACUGUGGGCAGCCCCAGUGAAGGUUACUGUCGAGAGGAAUGUGCCAGUGGCUGUGAAUGCCCAUUGGGUUAUUACCUGGAGACAGGGCUGUGUGUCAAAGCAGAGGAUUGUCCCUGUUACCAUCAUGGUCAGAAGUACCCUCCGGGACAGACCAUUCGACAGAAAUGUAAUGACUGUGUGUGUCGCCGAGGUCAUUGGGAGUGUACUCAGAAUAAAUGUGCUGCUGAGUGUAACCUGAUCGGUAAUCAUCACUACAUCACAUUCGAUCACAAACGCUACUCCUUCCAUGGCAACUGUGAAUACACACUCGUGGAGGAUUAUGUGGAUGGGAAGUUGCUGAUUGUUUCUGAAAAUGUUGCCUGUGGAGCUGGCGGCUCUCUAAGUUGCCUGAAGUCCAUCACUGUGAUAAUCUACAAAACCAUCGUCAAACUGAGGAGAACAGGGUCAGUCUUCUCUCAGUCCACACUGACUCCCGUAUCCACAUUGUCUCCCAUAUCCGCACUGACGCCUGUAUCUGCACUGACACCUAUUUUCGCACUGACUCCCGUAUCCGCACUGACCCCUAUAUCUGCACUGUCUCCCGUAUCCGCGCUGACUCCCCAUAUCUGCACUGACCCCCGUAUCUGCACUGACCCCUAUAUCCGCACUGACUGCCGUAUCCGCACUGACCCCCGUAUCCGCACUGAUUCCUAUAUCCGCACUGACCCCAGUAUCCACACUGACCCCUGUAUCUGCACUGACUCCUGUAUUUGCACUGACCCUUAUAUCCACACUGACCCCUAUGCCUGCACUGACUUCCGUAUCCGCACUGACCCCUAUAUCCGCACUGACACCUAUAUCUGCACUGACCCCUAUUUCCGCACUGACUCCCAUAUCCGCACUGACCCCUAUAUCCGCACUGUCUCCUGUAUCUGCACUGACCCCUGUACCCGCACUGACCCCUAUAUCUGCACAGACUCCCGUAUCCGCACUGACCCCUAUAUCUGCACUGACUCCCGUAUCCGCACUGACUUCCAUAUCCGCACUGACUCCUGUAUCCACACUGACCCCUGUAUCCGCACUAACACCUAUAUCUGCACUGACCCCUAUUUCCGCACUGACCCCUGUACCCGCACUGACCCCUGUACCCGCACUGACCCCUGUACCCGCACUGACUUCCAUAUCCGCACUGACUCCUCCCAUACUGACACUAAGGCCAGUUUUCCCUCGGACCACAGUGACCACUGUGUAGCUGGUGAAAGCACCGUUGCAAGACGUAGUGACCCAGCAGGGUGUGGGACUGAUGGAGAUCGCACCCUUGUUGGGGUUCGUGGGUUGUGUGGCACCUACAACUGGGUUCAGAAUGACGAUUUUGCUACUCCUGAGGGUGAUGUCGAGAGGAGCCUGGCUGCUUUCGUCAAUAAGUUUAAAACAUCUCCGGGAUGUCCUGACAUUGGCUUUCAAUCCCUUGAUCCCUGCAACACAUUCACUCAACGUCGAGAUUUUGCUGAGGGCUCCUGUCAGAUACUGCAGAGCGCUGUAUUCGAGCCGUGUUAUGACCUGGUGGACCUUGAGCCAUUCUACAGCAUGUGCCUGGAUGAUGUUUGUGGUUGUGAGAGUGCCGGGCACUGUGAAUGUAGCAGUGUGGCAGCAUUCGCCCGGCUCUGUGCCCAGGAGGGUGUCCAUAUCGACUGGAGAAGCAGCAACGUUUGCCAUGAAACGGAAUGUUCCAGAGAGAACUGUACCCGGGACUGCAGUUGGAACAUGUGGUCAGAAUGGAGCAAGUGUUCCCGUUGGUGUGGGGUUGGUCAGCAACACCGCCUCCGGACAUACAAUCGGCCAGAGUCGGGUGGGCAGUGGUGUGAGGGAAUCCUGACUGGGAAUCUUGAAAUCCGUUUCUGCAAUGUAAAGGCUUGCAAAGUGAAUGGCGCAUGGUCCAGUUGGAGUCCUUGGUCGACAUGUGACCGUUCCUGUGGAGGAGGGAAGGCACUCCGGAUUCGGUCUUGUACUGACCCACCCCCGAAGAAUGGGGGACGUCGCUGCCCAGGAGAUCGGUUUGAAGUGAAGCUGUGUAAUAUGCAACCAUGUGGAGCUGGUGUGUGUCCCUCUGUGAUGCAGUGGGUUGAUUGUGCCAAUCAGUGCCCAAGGUCCUGUGUUGAUCUGCAGGCUGGAAUAGUGUGUGCUGAUGCAGAAAGGUGUGAAGUUGGCUGUCGAUGCCCUGACGGUUAUCUUGAGCAGGAUGGUAUGUGUGUUGCACCUUGGCAAUGUCAGUGUACUGAUACACUUGGACAAACCUGGGCACCAGGGAGCAUGCAACAGAGCAACUGUAAUAACUGCACAUGUACCGAGGGCCGGAUCAUCUGUUCAAACUACACCUGUCCAACCAGUGACUGUUCCUGGAGUCAAUGGUCCACAUGGUCCCAGUGCAGCAUCACCUGUGGCACUGGUCUGCAGACACGGUUCAGAACCUCAACUUCAGGGUCACUGGACAGGAAGUGUCAACAGGAACAGGCUCAGACUAAACCAUGUGACGAAGGCCCAUGUCCAAUAUUGUGUCUCCAUGAUUACCAGGAGAUGAGACUUGGCGAGAGUUGGUUUGUGGGCGAAUGCAAACAAUGCUUGUGUACCCCUGAAGGAAUCUAUUGCCAAGCCCUGGACUGUAAAGUGAACGGAAGAUGGACACCUUGGUCACCAUGGUCAGACUGUCCAGUUACCUGUGACCAUGGAUCACAGACUCGGACGAGAGCCUGUAUCAACCCUCCACCUCGGAAUAUGGGCUCAGACUGUCAGGGUGUCAGCGUUGAAACUCAGAAUUGUAGCAACCCACCCUGCCCAGGAGACAGCUGUCUUUGGUCAGUAUGGAGCCCAUGUUCACACACCUGUGGUACAGGGUACAGGAGCAGAAACUGUUCAGAGGCACAAGAGGAGCAGAAGAUACUGGAACCCUGCUACACGCAGCCAUGUCCAGUGGACUGUGAGUUUGGCCUUUGGAGUGUGUGGUCAGACUGUUCCUGUGUUUCUCCAGUGCAGCAUCGAUAUCGAGCAGCCCAUGGACCCCUCUUUGGGGGGAAGCAUUGCCAAGGCCAAGAGAUGGAAUUUAGAAUGUGUAACCAGACUGAGUGUACAGAUGCCAGCUGUGAAAGUCCAUUUGAAUAUAAAGCCUGUGGACCAGCAUGUGCUGGUCACUGCUCCGACCUCAAACACAGCCAAGAAUGUCAGGUCAAGGGACAGGAUUGCGUGGCUGGGUGCUUCUGCCCUGAGGGUUUGUUGGAGCAGGACAAUAAAUGCAUCGCUCACUCUGAGUGUGACUGUGUUCACAUUCACAAGUCAGACACCAGGAAGACCCCAUUGGCCAUGAGGGUACGACGGGGUGACAGCAUUCUGAUUGGCUGUGAAACCUGCAUCUGCAGAGAGGGAACGCUGCAUUGCACCAAUGACAGCUGCAAAGAGGCUGUUACACUCACUCAGUGGUCAGCCUGGACAGGCUGCAUUUCCUGUCUGCCCCGAUCAUUCCUGAAUAUGGCAUCCCUCCAUCUACUCCAAGGACAGCGAGUUGAGAGCCAACACCUCAGUGCAUUCCCUGAGACUGCUCGGUAUUUACUGACGGAAGAACGUUACCGAGUUUGUGUAGCAGUGGGAUCGGGUCAGCGUGUCCCUCCAGAUCUCUGCACUGGAACCUUGGUGGAGGACCGAGAAUGUACAAAUCUCACAAUCUGUGAGGAUGACUGCUCCUGGGGUUUCUGGGGUGUGUGGAGUCCAUGCCGGGAGCCCUGCAGUGGAGGCUUUCGCAUCAGGGAACGUACCCUCCCCCAUCCACAGAAUGCAGCCACCUGCCAAGGUCCCAAAUUCCAGUCAGAAAGUUGCAACACUGCCAUGUGUCCAGGAGAGCUCUGUGAAGACCGAGGGAAAGAGUUUGUGUCGUGUGCAAAUCACUGUCCAAGGACCUGUACUGACUUGUGGAACCAUGUGCAGUGUCUCCAGGGAAGGUGCAAACCCGGUUGUCGGUGCCCCAGGGGUCAGUUGCUGCAGGAUUCACAGUGUGUACCUGUGUCAGACUGUCGAUGUGGAUCACCCACCUCAAACCACACUGUGGAAUAUCAACCAGGAGACAGUAUCUCAAUCCCCUGUGGCAACUGUACGUGUGUGAAUGGGACAUUUGACUGUAGUGAAUCGCAGUGUAUGGAGCUGAGCAGCUGGUCCAUGUGGAGUGAGUGUUCCACCAGCUGUGGGCCUGGACUGCGGAGCCGCAGUCGGAGUUGUGGAGAGUCAGGAGGAAGCCUACCCUGCCAGGGAGAGAUGAAACAGACAGAGGAGUGCAACCAGAUGCCCUGUUCAGGUUGUCCGCAAAACCAGACCAUCAGUAAAUGUGCCAACAUCUGCCCUCGUAGCUGCUCAGACCUUCGGUCUGAAACAGAGUGUCAGCAGGAUACCUGUGAGCCUGGAUGUCUUUGCCCACUGGGACAGCUUCUACAGGAUGGGAUGUGUGUAUCUCCUGAGGAAUGUCACUGCUCCUUACUGAGCUCCACAAUCCCCUGGAUCACUAAUAUCUCAAAGGAGGAUCGAUACAGGGAUUACACAGCAGGAACAAUAAUCCGUCACCAAUGCAACAACUGUGUUUGUCAGAGGGGAAUUUUCCAUUGUUCAGAAUCAGAUUGCGAAGAAUGUCCUGAUGGUGAGGUUUGGAAUCGAGGAUCAGCAGACUCUCCGAGCUGUGAGCGAUCAUGUGAGGAUGUUUACUCCGUGACGGCACCAAGCUGUGGUUCUGAUGACAGAGACUGUGUGUGUGAGGCUGGGAGAUACAGGAAUAGCUCAGGACACUGUGUCACUGCAGCUUACUGCGAAUGUAUCAUCAAAGACCACAUCUACCCGGCAGGCUUUGAAUGGGAAGAAGAUUGUGAGCGGUGCUGGUGCCUGAAUGGAAGGAAGGUCUGUUCCUCUGGAUGUCCACCACUUACCUGCCUGGAGGGUUAUGUAAAAGUUGAGGAUCCUGGAAAAUGCUGUCCUAUCUGCAGGAAGGAAAUUCUUGAUGUCUCUCCAAAGUGCCAACAUUUCACCGAAAUUCGGAACAUAUCCAAAGGCCAAUGCCAUCUGACAAAUGUGGCAGUCAGCUCUUGCAGGGGAAGCUGUCUAUCCCAAGUUCAUGUCAUUCCAGAGGAGCCUUACCUGCAGAGUGUCUGCGAUUGUUGCAGUUACCGGCUUGAUCCUGAACGGCCAGUACAGUUCAUGAAUUUGCAAUGUGACAAUGGAGAUGUGGAGCCUGUUGUUCUGCCAGUAAUUCUCAGCUGUGAGUGCAGCAGCUGUCAGGGUGGAGAUCUUUCUAGCCGUUGAUCUUUUCUGGGGACUAUCCUAUGCUCCUGGUGACUGGUGGGAAACUCAAACUUGUUAACCAUGAGCGAGAUUUAUUUUUGAAAGUAAAUCUGAAGAACUGCAAAUACCAUAUGGAUUUAAACCUAAAGUAGUUUUUUUUGCAUUGAGUGAAAGCUUUGUUAUUAAGAAUCUGUAACCUUAUUUUGAUGAUAAAGAAACCUCCAUCCUCCA